UUGUCUUCCCCAGCAGUGCCCCUUCAGCCAAAGGGAGCGUGUGGGGAGUUGGGGAAGAGAGCGGGGCCUCUUGCCAUGGAGGUGACUAGGUAUCAGUUCUCCAGGUCAGCCAACAGUUCUGAGGAAAGGGUUCUCGCUCACUACAGUGAAGUGUCGUUAUUGCUGGAGGAGAGGCCAGAUUUUCCAGAUGAGCUCCGAGGAGCCAAGAAAGGGAUGCUGUACCUCACUCAGUACAAAAUGAUAUUCCAGCACAAAGACAAAGGGUCCACCAUCAUUCGUUUCCCACUGCAGCUCCUCGAAGACUGUGUUUUGGAGGAGGAGCAAGGCUCUAAGUUCCAGAACAUCAAAGGAACUCUGUCUUCCAACCAGGGGGUUAUUGACUUCAAAUUCACCUUCCAGUAUGGAGCUAUGGACUGCUUAAACAUGAUCAAAGACCUUUCAGAAGCAGAGAUAUUAAGAGAGAGCACCAGUCUUCAGGAAUACCCCACUGCUUCUAUCUACACUUAUGCCCACCCCACUGCGUCUCGGACAGCCCGUUCUCUCAACAUGCUUCCACUGUGGCCACCUCCUUAUCCCGGACCACCAGACCUUCCCCCACCCUAUUCGGAAGUGGAAGAAAUGUCCCCAAGGGAAAGCCGAGUUCCAGAGACCCAAGAAGGUUGCUGCCAUUGUAGAGGACAGAGGAUCCAGGAUCCAAGAAACAGACAGGACUGACAAGCAAGUGCAGAAAAGCAAAUGCUGUGGAAAUGAUAAUCGUUUAUGCUUGUCGACUAUUACAAUAAUAAUUCAUUGCUGGCUUAUGAGAAA